GAUAGCUGUAUUUUCGGAAUGUCUGGGCGUGGUAAAGGUGGAAAGGGGCUGGGGAAGGGUGGCGCCAAGCGCCACCGUAAAGUUCUGCGAGAUAACAUCCAGGGCAUCACUAAGCCUGCCAUCCGUCGCUUAGCCCGACGUGGUGGCGUCAAGCGUAUCUCUGGUCUUAUCUACGAGGAGACCCGCGGAGUGUUGAAAGUGUUUCUGGAGAACGUGAUCCGGGACGCUGUCACCUACACCGAGCAUGCCAGGCGCAAGACAGUCACCGCCAUGGACGUGGUCUACGCGCUCAAGCGGCAGGGCCGCACUCUUUACGGCUUUGGUGGCUGA